UUAAGAUAGUGAACGAAUCGAAUUGGGAGGGAAUGAUCCCUUACUUGAUUGCGAUGAUGACCAUAUCCUGGUGCCUCUAUUCUGGAUUGUAUGCGAUGCAGCGGCAGCCGUCAUCGGAAAUCGAAAAUCGAGAACUUUACUUGGAAAUACCUUCGUCAAACCGCCAGCGGCCAGCCAUGUACACCUGUCAAACUUCCAAACGUCAGCCGUACAUAACGUGUUCACAAAUCUCAGACCUGGACACUAGGAUAGCAGUUUACUCGACCGUCAACUUCUUCGUGGUGACCGACCCCCGUGUCUGGUUGGACUUAAAAUCAUCCGUGCGUCUGGGGGAGGCUAAGGUAGUCCCGUCAACCCCAGUCAUGCUUGGAAUCAGACCCAGCAAUCCUGUACGGGACUUUUUCUUUGGCUCCGCCGUGGAUGUCGAUCAUUAUCGAGCUGACGCCUGGGCGCUAUACCCCCACUUCCUAGACGGACAUGAGGUAGUUGGACUGGUGAAUUAUUACGCCGUCAACGACUUUGGGUUUUUUUCAAAGUGGGAGGUAAGAAUAGAAUACAUCACAUACGUGUCCACUUUGAGGCGAGUUUUGAGUACAUACAAGAAACGGCUGCGUACUGGAGCGUCUCUCUCUAGGUUGGAGAGGAUUCGUUCAUUCCGAUCUGAGAGUUCGAAAUGCGUUGCCCCACCCGUGAAGAUUCCCCCGAAUGACCCAGUCGCCGCCAUAUUAGCGAGGAAAUUUACGAUACCGGAGGCCAUAGCAUUUCUAUUGCAGAAAAUGAUCGACCCUUGCGCGAUUAUGAACCCUGGAGACUUCCCAUUGAAGGUGAACGGUGUUCCGCACCACUCGGUGGACGAUUUCUGCUCCGUCUUCUGCCGGUUCAUCGACAUGGCGUCCAAGCUGAGCCGCAACAGGGAGAGGACUUCUAUGUGCUCCUCUUUAGGAGGAACUUGCGAGGGUUCAGUGUGCAUCUGCAAGAAACCGUAUCAACUCUCGUGGUGCCCCCAAAGGUUCACGUUCAAGCCCCCCAGCUUCCUCAUGCUCUUUUGUAAUAACCUCCUAAGAGCCAAAUAGACACAGGGAGAGAUCUCGGUCAUGCCAACUGGAGUCCCACUCUACCGUGCUAAGGAAUUACGCCGUAUGAACAUUCGAGGUUGCCGAAUUUCCUCCGGUAAAAUGUUUAUU